AUGCUACCACCUACAACUGAACAUUGGAUAAAAGUAGCAAAAGCUUUUGAAGAACUGUGGAACUUUCCGAAUUGUCUUGGCGCGAUUGACGGAAAACAUAUAUCAAUACAAUGCCCUCCUAAUGCUGGUUCAGAAUAUUAUAAUUAUAAGGGAUUUCAUUCUAUUGUACUUCAAGCUGUCGUUGAUGCUAAUGCUAAAUUCAUAGCUGUAGAUAUCGGUGAUUAUGGACGAAAUAGUGAUAGUGGUAUUUUUAAAGAAUCCAAUUUUGGAAAAUUAUUAAAAAACAAUAAAUUAAAUAUUCCGCAGCCAAAAAAAAUUGAUCCUCAAAUUAACGACGAGUUUCCGUUUGUAUUUGUUGGGGACGAAGCAUAUCCUUUGCAAACAAACUUAAUGAGACCUUUUCCAAGAAGAAAUUUAACUAAUGAAAAAAGAAUUUUUAAUUAUCGUUUAUCGAGAGCCAGAAGAAUAGUAGAAUGUGCAUUUGGGAUUCUUGUGAAACGAUUUAAUGUUCUAGAAAAUAAAAUGUUAGUUUUUCCUGAAAAAGCUACUAUUAUCACAAAGGCGUGUUGUAUUUUACAUAACAUAAUAAUGGAUAAAGAAGGGGCUCCAUCUGAAAUCCAAGAUGAACUUCAACUUCAAACAACCCAAACGGUUGCUCAAAGUCAAAUUACAUCAAGACCAAUUAAUAGGGCAUCUACUGCAGCAAUGGAUAUCCGAGAGAAGUUCAUGAAUUAUUUCAAUUCAGACAUUGGUGCAGUUCCAUGGCAAAAUAUGUACAAUUUAUAA